GGUAAGCUUGCAUAAGAAUGUCUCGAUCCGGCCCGAUAAACAGGCGCGUUGCCACGUAUAAUUAUAAUCUUUAUUCUUUCUUCCAUCUGCUACUCCCUGUCGUCGAAUACGACGCGCCACAAUGGCCAACUACAGCUACGAUGAAGGCGGGAAUAUGGCCGCAUACUUUAUAAUCACCUUCCUCGCCUUGAUUCUCAUCCCUUUAACACUUUCCAUCUCUACUUCUCACAAGAAAACCUUAGAUGGAUGCCAAUGCAGUCUCUGUGGUGAACAACGCUUGCGCAUUGCCAAACGGGAAAAGGGCUCGAUAUUCACCCCUAGGUUUUCAGCCAAAACUAUAUUUAUCAUUGGUGGCUGGGCUGUCUUCGCAUUCCUUUCCUACAAAGUUGCGAACGCAAAGAUGGACAACAAAGUUUACGAUCCUUUCGAAAUUCUAGGAUUAUCGAUUUCAGCCACUGAGAAGGAAAUCAAGUCUCACUACAAAAAACUGUCAAAGAUCUAUCACCCGGACAAAGUCAAAGCCUCGGUCAAUCAAACAAUCGAGGAGAUUCAAAACAAAUUUGUCGACCUCACAAAAGCGUACAAGUCGCUUACCGACGAAAGUAUCCGAGAGAAUCUACGUAAAUACGGCAACCCCGAUGGUCCACAGCAGACUUCUGUGGGGAUUGCUUUACCCAAAUGGAUUGUAGAGAGUAAGAAUAACGUCUGGGUUCUGGGUGUUUAUGGUUUGAUAUUUGGUGGUGCAUUGCCGACUUUGGUCGGACGUUGGUGGUUCGGCUCUCGACAAAAAACCAAGGAUGGUGUCAAAACUAGUUCUGCUGCCGCGUUCUUCAAGUCGUUGAAAGAGGACUCCACGAUGGAUGAUGUUGUCGGAACUCUUGGCCAAGCAUACAAAUGGGAAUUCCGAUCAAAGACCAAGAUGGAGGAUGCUGCAGAACUCAACCGUCUAGAAAAGAAUAUCGCUCUGACUGCGCCAAAACAAUGGGAGACGCUGCGAACAGUUAUAGAUGCCGGGAAAAAUGCGAAUCAACGCAAAGCCACGAUACUGUUAUACGCACAUCUUCUACGGCUCAAUGUGGAAAAACCGAACCUGCAGAAAGAACAAACCCGAAUUCUCCUCCAGACGCCUGUACUCUUGAACGCCCUGUUGAAUAUCUCGAUUUCUCGCAACUGGUUGAUUCCAACUAUUUAUGUCAUGCGAUUACAUGCAUAUCUCGCCCAGGCGCUUCUUCCGCGCGCUUCGCCUGCCAAACAGGACAGAGUUUCGCAACUUCCGGGGAUUACGGGCGAGGAUACCUUGAAGGCGGAUGAUCUAGCUGGCGUGGUUGACGAGCUUGAACGAAAUGGUGAUAGCAGGGCUGAAGAUGUGAAGAAGGCAAUAGCACGAUGGGGUAGGCUUGAACUUGUAGAUGCUGCAUACAAAGUUAUCGGCGAACGCAUCGUAGUUCCAUCCUCCAUUGUCUAUCUCACGGUCAAGCUGCGACUUGUACCUCCUUCAUCGAGUUCGGCCGUGAUUGCGGAGAAAACCUCGAGUGUAGAGGAGGUCAAAAAGAGCAUUAAGGCUAACGACCAAAAGGAUGAGGAGUUUCUUAUGGGUCGUAAUGAUGCCGAGCCCAUAGAGGGUGAAGGUGCGUGGGCGCACGCUCCUUACUGGCCAGAAAAUCGGAAACCAGGCUGGUGGCUUAUCCUCGCAGAUGACAAGAAUUCUAGGGUGGUAGUCCCUCCGAUGAAGAUUACUAAUGUGCCCUUUUCCAAUCCUACCGCUGGCGAUAGAAAUUACAGGACGUACAAACUUCAGUUCCAGGCACCUCAAGCUCCCGGGAUGUACACUUGGAAAAUAUACCUUGUUAGCGACACGUUUGUGGGCGAGGAAGUUUCUAGGAAUAUGACUCUUAAAAUCGACGAUGUAUCUGCAUUGAAUGCGGACGAACAACCUUCAGAGGAUGAGAUAUCCGAUCCUGACGAGGACUCUCUUGCAGGGCAAAUGACUGCAAUGAGGGGCGGCAAAGUGAAGAAGGGUGCACCGCGGGACGAGGAGAGUGACGAGGAGAGUAGCACGGAUGAUGACCAAGAGAGUGGAGACGACAGCAGCAGCGAUAGCGAUUAGUGUCCAUCUGUGCGAGCACUUACUGUAUCAUACUUACUAAUGCCGGUUGCUGUUUAUUUAUGGGCUCGUUUCUGAGACUGGCUAGCUUCAAGGGACAUACAUAUGUCGCUCAAAGUUGGUAGGGGAUUGGGCAUGACUAACGGGCGAAAAACUUCGAAGGAACAAAGCAACAACCCAAAAAACUGACACUGUUAAACUGAUUAAAUUGUCCCUCUAUAAGGGAUACUUCGAUAGAGUCUGGGCACAUUUUUUCACUGAUCAUUCCUCCUAGAGGGCUUGGUCAUCAAGUUACAGUGCUUUGCGUUAUUCUUGAG